AUGCUUCCGACUUACGUUCGACUUUUCACGGCAGUCUGCGCUCUCGCGACCACUGCCAGCGCCGUCGUUCCCAUUGAGGUCAAGGGAAAGGACUUUGUGAACAGUGAAACCGGUGCUCGGUUCCAGAUCUUGGGUGUCGACUACCAGCCCGGCGGUUCCUCUGGCUUCACCAAGGACAAAGACCCUCUCAGCGAUCCUGAUGCAUGCUUGCGGGACGCCGCUCUCAUGCAGCGUUUGGGCGUUAACACCAUCCGUAUCUACAACUUGUCGCCGAGUCUCAACCACGACGAGUGCGCAUCCAUCUUCAACGCAGCUGGUAUCUACAUGAUCCUGGAUGUCAACUCGCCUCUGUAUGGCGGAUACCUCGACAGAACCGACCCUGAAAGCACCUACAACGAUGUCUAUUUCCAGCAGGUCUUUGGUGUCGUCGAAGCGUUCAAGAACUUCCCCAACACCCUGGCCUUCUUCGCCGGAAACGAGGUCAUCAACGAGCAGAGUGUCAAGCACGUUCCCACUUACGUCCGGGCAAUUCAGCGUGACAUGAAGGAUUACAUCGCAAAGAACCUUAACCGCAGCAUUCCUGUUGGCUACUCUGCUGCCGAUAUCCGUCCCAUCCUCCUGGACACCCUCAACUACUUCAUGUGCGCUGACGACGCCAAUUCCCAAUCGGACUUCUUCGGCCUCAACUCCUACUCGUGGUGCGGCAACUCGUCCUACACCAAGAGCGGCUACGAUGUCCUCACCAAGGACUUCGCCGACGCCUCUAUCCCCGUCUUCUUCUCCGAGUACGGCUGCAACGAAGUCCAGCCCCGUUACUUCACCGAAGUGGGGGCCCUCUACGGCCAGGAAAUGACCCAGUCCUUCUCCGGCGGUCUCGUCUACGAAUACACCCAGGAGGAGAACGACUACGGUCUCGUCCAGAUCAACGACAACGGCACCGUCUCGCUCCUCGUCGACUAUGAUAACCUCAUGGCGCAGUACAACAAGCUCGACAUGACCCGCAUCCAAGCCUCCAACACAACCCAGACCUCCGCCAAGCCCCCCAAGUGCGACUCCUCCCUCAUCACCAACUCCACUUUCACCGACUCCUUCGAUCUGCCCAAGAGACCCUCCAAGGUCCAGACUAUGAUCGACAAAGGCCUCUCCGACGCUAACACCGGCAAGCUCGUCGAGGUUAAGAGUACCGACAUCAAGCAGAAGAUCUACAACGCCAACGGCGAGGAGAUCACCGGCAUCAAGCUGAAUAUCCUGGCUAGCGGCGAGUCCAAUACCCCCGGUGCUCACAGCUCCGGCUCUACUUCUGGCUCUUCCGGCUCCGGCAGCAGCUCGUCUUCCGGCUCUGACAAGGAGGGUGCCGCGGGCACGAUUUCCGUGCCCUUCGUUGGCCUCCUGUCUGCGGCCUCGUUCAUGGCGUUCUUCAUGCUGUAA